UUAAUUAGCCCACUCUAAUGCGGUAGAUCAUCUUUCAUAAUUACUUUCUUCAGUGAGGACACUACAGCAUGUCUUUUGCAACAAACUAGGCGAAAUCUUGUGUCUACAUUCAUUAAAUUUACGAGUUUUCAAGACAGUUCUGCGACGCUAAACGAGGUCUUCAGAAGUGUGAGAAAAUGACUUCAGAAACGGCAAAACGUCCCCAAAUCGGGGCAAUGUUUCGCGGACCAGGACCGGCUAGAUAUGCCUUGCCUGGUAGUACGGGUUACGUGUCCCAUGAUCCGACAAAGAAUAAGGCUCCUGGGUACAGUUUUGGUUUGAAGUCGUCCAAAUUGGACCAAGGACCGGCCAGCCCUGGUCCAGCGUAUUUGGUGCCCUCGAAUAUCACUAGAACGGGCAUAGAGGGAACGCCAAGAUACUCGCUGGCCAGUCGAACACGAACCGUAGGAAGCUUCCAAACCCCUGCUCCAGGAACAUAUUCUCCGGAGAAGAAAAAUUACCCAUACCACAAAUAUCCACCGCAGUACUCGUUUGGUUCGAGAACAAAAGUUGGCAAGAAAGAUAUGACACCUGGCCCCAAUACAUACAACCUACCUGGAAUACUUGGUCCGAAGGCUGUUGGAAAGAAAUCAGCACCAUCUUAUAGCAUGGUUGGAAGAAGCAAAAUAGGAGGAUUUCACGAGGACCUGCAAAAGACACCAGGACCUGGGACUUACCGUGUUUCUAAUCCAAACACUGUGAAAAUGAAACUUCCAGCAUAUUCCAUGACUGGCCGCAACACAAUGCCUGGAGAUAACACCCAAAAACCAGGUCCAGGAGCACAUUCACCUGAAAAGGUCAAUGUCAAUAAAAGGAUUGCACCAAAGUUUUCAUUUGGUAUUCGCUGGUCAGAAUACACUGCACCUUUGAUGGCUGAACCGAUUGACUGAACAUGCUGACAUCACAUGGACAUUUGGAGUUAAAACAUGUUACACUGUUAUAUGAACACAAUAUUUUUGUAUAUAUUAUGAAUUGCUAGAAAUAGACUGCUUGCUUUGAGCUUUGACAAUGUAAUCAUCAUUCUUGUAUUUCAAAGAAGAACUUUUUCAUGGGUCCAUAUCAUUAAGGGCAUAAACAUGAUCUUUAAUACAAAAAUGCGUGUAGUUUCAUGCAUGUUUUGAUGUAUAAUGACUAUAAUCCAUCAAGUUUGCUAAACACUUUUGGCAUUUUCAUUCCUGGUAUAACCUACAAUCGCUACACAUUGUGAAUCUGGGUGAUAAAUUGUUACAUGAACAAGUCCAGUAAUUUGGAUGAUUUAAAAAAAGUUUAUUGUUAAAAUUUAACAUAUAUCAAAGUAGGUUAUGCAAUA